GUCCAGUACGAACGUCAUGUGUACGAGAAAGUAAAAACGGCAUCAUCACCAUCGCCACCACAGAAUCAACGCCAGACGAGACGGCGAUCGGCGGAAAUGGCGAGACGGAGGGGUAGGCAGAGGCGGAGUCAGGGAGAUGGUGGAAACAGAAAGAGUGGAAUGGAUCGAAUAGGGGAAGAUGUUCUUCAGAACAUUCUGGGGAGGUUGCCAGCUUUAUCCUUCGCGUCGGCGGCGUGUGUUUGCCGUUCCUGGAACUCCGUCUGCAACCGUGUCCUGAAUGGGCCCAAGCUGUCCUCCGCCCUCUCUCUCAAUGAUUCUUUAGAGGUUGCCGUGACAGAGGUAGUUGAUAAGGUUCUCUCGGAGCCCCUACGACCGCAUUUUGCUAUUGCUUGCAUUAGCCCUUUGUUCUGCUUGAACUUAGCGCACGAACUUAUUACAGGAAAAUUGGGCUCCAGAAUUCCAGUUGUUACAUACGAGUCUAAGGGAAUCAUCGGAAGGGAUGCAGUCACUAAUAAAUUUGAAGAGGUCCAAUGGUACAUAGAAGAUCAAGAAGAUCCUGGUACUCAAGUUGGUAGCUUAUUCCAAAAUGUCAUUUCUGGAAUCUUGUUGACUGUUGGAUAUUUACCAGGACUAAAAGUUGAUGCUGUUCCGCUGCUACAAACGACUAAGGAUCUGGAUUCUCGAGUGCCCCUGGUUGACAAGUUUGUGAUGGAUAUCAAGGAAUAUACAACUUCUAUUUCGGGUUGCACACCCCCUGUUGGGAUUAUAAUGUUUGGAGAUCCUGCAAUUAACAUGACAUCUAUUCUUGAAAAAAUGGAUUAUGCCAUGCCUUUGGAUACUUUCAUUGUGGGCGAUGAGUGUUGCCGCUUCCGAUAUAGAUGUCAAGGUGAUUUUGGACACACAACACAAACUGGAACAAGGAGUUCGGUUGCUGUUGCCCUUUUGUUUUUGCGGGACAGAAACAAGUCUCAUGGUAUUGGGGAUAUCGAAUUCCAUUUUGCUUUAUCUACUGGUUUGUCACCACUAGGUCCAAAGUUCAAAGCGGCCACUGUUAGAGAACGACGCAAGGAGUCUUUGACGUGGCUUACUGCAAGAAGAGAACAGUCACAUGUCAUCCUUGAUGGACAAACCAUGCUAGAUGACAUCAAUGAUGAGUUAACACAGCAUCUGGCGGAUGGAAUCGAGUAUCCUGUUUUGUACAUCGGGGUGACAAAAAGAAGAAAAUAUUCUGUGGGUUUGGAGAAGGUGAAAUGGAUGACAUCCUUAACAUUCCAUGAAAUCACAGGAGGGGAUGAAGAGUACCUAUUUGUCUAUGGCAAUGACAUCAAAACUGGCGAUUCCUUCCGCAUCUAUUAUUCUGAUCCCCGCUUUGCUUUAUCAACUUGUGCCAAUAUCCGUGAGAACUUCAGCCACAUGAAACAAGACUGGGACCGUGGAAGUCUUCAUGGCACGACCAGGGCUGAUACUAACGGUGUUAAGAAGGAAGCUUUUGGAGGUUUUGUAUUUUCUUGUUGUGGUCGCGGCGAAGGAUUCUUUGGCUGCCUAGGUACAGAUAGCUCUCCACUUCAUGGCAACUUUCCUGAGAUUCCAAUAGCGGGAACAUUUUGCUCUGGGGAAAUUGGUCGCAGCUCUUCACGCUUGUACAUUGGAGAAGCUGAAGAACAGGGCCCUGCUGCUCAAUGCUGUCUACAUGGCUACAGCACUGUAUACCUGUUGAUGACAUACACUCCAGCACAACCACAACAUUAGAUGUUUCAUCAUGUUUUACAUGAGUUGGUUUUCUAGUACGGAUGUCGACUUCCAACCCAGCUUCCUAACAAGACCUGACCCUUUUGGGGUAUAAUAAACCACAUAUCUGCUUCUAACGCUCCUGGAAGUUCUGCCAGUUAAAAGUUGAUAUCUGACCGUCAAGCUGCCGUGUGUGUGGUGGUGCUUGUCAAAGCUUCUAUUUUGUUUGAGUAGUUGGGGGUCUGUCUUGUUCUUGUACUAUGUUGCUGAAAUUUGGUUUAAGGAGGGUCUUCAUGGAAUAGCUGUGGGAUUGGUGCCCCCCAAAUAAAGGAUUUUUGCAGUUCUCUUUUUGUUUUUGUUUUUUUAAGACUUGCACUUUUGUAGUUAUUUGGCCUCUUGGAUUGGAAAUUAACUUAUUGUUGUGGUGGUGUUUUUUUUAUUUUUUUAAAUGUAAGAAAAAAUAGUUGCAGAGGUUGGUGGAUUUUAGAUGA